AUGUCGCAACUGCGGCCAUGGCGCGUGGCCUUGGCAGUGCCCUUGCUCUACAUCUCAUGUGCCUGUAUUGAGGCCUUUGCUGUCGACAAGCUAGUCGCCUUGCAAGAGCCAUAUCUUCAAUCCGGAAGGAUAGAAUGGACCGGUGGCGGUUCGAUUACGAUCAUGGAACGGUUCUGGCAUGUUGAAUUCCUUGAUGAGCUGUGGCGUCGCUUCACAGUCACAUUUGCUCCCUCCACCUUGGCAUUCGACCCCGUCAGCUCGUGGCAAGCAUUCAGUUUCCUCAAUGACCUGGGCCCUCUAUUUACCAUUUGGAUACUUGAAUCGUCUCGAGUAGGAAAUAGGCAUACUCCAGCAUGGAUACCAACAAUAUUCGCUUUUGCCGGCCAAGUACUGAGCUUGGGUGCGGUGGCGCCGCUCUUUUAUAUUCUUUGCAUCCGCUUUAGCCCAUCCUCAUCUGCGCUUGUCGCCGAGACUACGCCAGCUGGACAGCGCCGAAUCACCUCAUCGGACAGCUCACCACUCCUACUUCCCAUUCUCAUAUUCUUACAUACCUUCGAGCUCUUUUACGCCUUUGGGGCAACCCAGCUCUCUACCCGCCACUAUUGGACCUGGGCAUGGCAGAUGACGCCGCUCUUUGUCGGCCUUGCUAAUACCAGCCUGGCAUCCCUCAUUUCGCUGUCACCCUCCCUGUCUCGCCAGCUGAAGACCAUCUCAUCGCCUCAUGUGUUGCUGAGCGUCCCUGCUUCCAUUUCAGCCGGAAUCUGGAUAUACACUUUGAUUAUUUCUCCUUAUUCAAUAUCCACACUUUUCCUGCCACUCCUUGAGCCACAAGACGCCCUCGAGCCCCUUCUACGACGCGGAUUGCAAAUUGAUGAGCUCUGUGUUUUCGGUAGUUCAUUAUUAUGGAUAGGAUAUCACAUAGUUGACCUCUACCUGGAUGGCCAUGUUACAACUAGCGAGAUUUUCAACGUGAUUUCUCUCUAUCCUGUUAUCGCAGCACUUACUGGCCCUGGUGCAAGCCUAUCAUACCUGUGGUUAUGGAGAGAGUCAAAACUACAACGUUGA